UAAUCCUGCUUCAAUUUCAUCUAUAUUGGCCAGUGAUCUGUCAGAAUUUCCUAGCAGAAUUUGUUGAUACUGCAUAAGUGACAAAAAUCAUUCAGGCUGUAAAUUGCAAUUCUAUAGAUGCCAUUCAUGUUAAACGGGUUACAGGAAUACAGGCGCGCGAGUAGCAGUAGUUCCAAUAAUUUCGCUAGAUGACACCAUGAUCGACACCCCGUGUCUCAAGCUUAUCUUUCGAUUAUCUCCAGUACCCCGUACUUGGCUAGUGGAAGUGGAGUAGCUGCGCUGUCAUACGCGCAAGUGGUGCGAUGCGAACGGAUUUUGUGCUCCCGAUAUGAUGAUUCAUUGUGGCGAUACGGAUUUUCGAAGCGCCCGUUAAAAUAACAUUCAUUUAGGGUAAUACGGUAUUCUCGGAAGCAAAUAAUUAUCACGAUACCGCCGAGUAACGUCUCGCUGACGCUUUAUGCGCGCGUGUAUCUUCACGGAAGCGUUAUUAUCGAGCGCCAACCGACAGGAUGGAUGUUCUGAACAAGCUUCGUAACACAGUCAGCAACACUAUCAGCAACACCGUCCAAAACACGGCGUACGGCCUGUCACAGCUGUCCAGCGUCCUACCUGGCAAUCCCGUGACCAGGGAAUUCGAGGCGACCGCUCAUGUGGCGAGCGCUGGGCCAGGAUUGUUGUGGAGGGUGUACAGCGGCUACAAGAAGUCCACCAAGCAGGAGGCUGCGAUCUUCGUCUUCGAGAAGCGCAUGCUGGAGAAAUGGUCCACCAAAGCUGAUCGGGAACUGGUGCUGGAGACCCUCAAGCGGGGUGUGAUGCAACUGACGAAGCUGCGCCACCCACAGGUUCUGACCGUGCAGCAUCCGCUGGAGGAAUCAAGAGACAGUCUUGCGUUCGCGACCGAGCCAGUAUUUGCCAGUCUGGCUAAUGUAUUAGGUAAUCAGGAGAAUAUACCUCAACCAACUCCAAUGAGCUUGAAAGGUUACAAGUUGCACGACAUAGAGAUUCGUUACGGGCUGCUGCAAUUGGGAGAAGGCUUGGCGUUCCUACACGGCGACGUGAAACUGCUGCAUCGGAAUCUGUGUCCCGAAUCGAUUGUUAUCAAUGUCCACGGGGCGUGGAAGAUAUUCGGCUUCGACUUCUGUGCCUUAAAUCAAAGUUCGGACAGCAAACAGCCAUCGUGGUCAUAUCUGGAUUACGAUCCGACACUCCCGGCUGUUGUGCAACCUCAAUUGAAUUACCAGGCGCCCGAGUGCGUAUUAGCGAGCAGCAACGGGCCGCCGAGCGAUAUUUUCGCCUUGGGCAUGCUGGUGUAUACGAUACAUUCCUCGGAGCACAAGCCGCUUCACGAAUCGCACAAUGACUUAGGGAAGUGCCGACGUUUUCUAGAGAGUUUCAAGGGUUCCAACGUCUCGGCAAAACUGUUACCGAUUCCCGAGUCUCUGCGCGAUACCGUGAAACUCAUGCUGAGUCACAGCCCGGAGCUGAGAUUAGACGCCCAUCAGUUCAUCAAGAUUGAAUACUUCACUGACAUCGGUGUUAAAACGCUGAAUUACCUGGACAAAUUGUUCCAAUGGGAUAACCUGCAAAAAUCGCAAUUUUACAAAGGUCUUCCGCAGCUGUUGAAGCAACUGCCGCACAGAGUUGUACUGCACAGAGUGCUACCUGCCCUUUACAAGGAACUGGUUAAUCCACCUAUGAUACCGUUCGUAUUGCCGAGCAUACUGCAGGUGAUGGAGGUCACUGAGGUCGAGGAGUUCCGAGAACAUAUUCUUCCUAAUCUGAGACCCGUUCUUGCUUUAGAAGAUCCGCCGCAAAUCAGCCUGGUCCUCAUGCAGCAGGUAAAUCUACUGCUCAAGCUGUGUCCCACGGACGUGAUCAAGACCGACAUAGUGCCUAUGCUGCUGCGUGCGCUGGAAUCCGAAUGGGAGCAGCUGCAGGAGCUCUGCCUGUCGGCGCUGCCGAACAUAGUGACGAUGAUCGAGGGACCGGUGAUCAAGAACUCCAUACUGCCGCGGAUGAAGAAGAUAUGCAUGUCGCCGGGGAAGAAACCCAGCAGUCUCGGAGUCCGCGUUAAUUGCUUGCUGUGUCUCGCGAAGAUGUUGCCGAGCUUUGACCGCUGGCUGGUGUUCGACCAGAUAUUACCGUUCCUGCAGGAGGUUCCUCAUUCCGGCGAACCAGCCAUUUUAAUGGCUAUUAUAGGUAUCUACAGGAUGUUACUCACUCACAGCAAAUUGGGCAUGGGCAAGGAGAUACUCGCAACGAAGGUACUACCUUUCCUCUUGCCGCUCUCUAUAGAGCAGAAUCUUAGCAUGUCGCAGUACGAGACGCUCUCCACGCUAAUCAUCGACAUGAUAAACCGAAUAACGAGCGAGCAUCGGGAGGCGUUACGACAGCUGGACGCGGUGCGCCGCGAGACGCAACAGCUCGAUCAGGCGCUGUCUCAAGUAGCGUCGCCCACGUUUAUGCAAAGUAACCACCUGAACGAUAUCAGUUUAACGCCCGAAAUCCCAUCCCCGAAUGCUAAUCCGAAACCUACGAGUAUCGAGAACGGAUUAACUAUGGAAGAUAAAUUCAGGUUGAUUCAGCAGCAGGAGACCCAUCAAAGGCUGCAAUCUCAAUCUAUAUUGACUCCCAAAGCCGUGUCGCAACCGACGAAGCCGCAGCCGAAGGAUCUAACCGCGACGCUGCUGAAGAAUAAUCUGGACGAAUUAAAUCUGUCGAUGUCGAGGUCGACCAUGUCGCAGCCGGAUUACAACACGGCCAAGAGCACCGCAGGUUUAUCCUGGAACAAGAAUAACAACGUUAAUCAACUGCAGUCGCAGUUUCUGAUGUCUCCGACGCUGAAUUCGCAAGCGAUGCAAGCGAGCAGGCCGAUGAAUUGGAAUUCCAGUGGCAUGAGCCCGUCCGUGAAUUGGAACUCGCAGCAGUCCGCGACGAUGUGGAACUCGAUCGCUCCCCAGAACAACAUGAAUUUUACAGCGCAGCCGGAAAUUGGGCCAAGCCCGAUGAACUUUCCCGGAACGUUACAGCCUUUCGCGUCGCCGAUCAAUACGCAGGCCACCGCGAACAAGCCCAAUUCAUCUGCACAAGAUAUCAUGGACUUGCUUAGUUAAUCUAAAUCUGGAAUUAGCGACGGAAUAAAAAAAAGAAGCAACGCGUAUGAAAAAUUGAUGUAACAACGUUGCAGCAAUUUUCUCCCUUUCGCUGCAUUCUCGCAGCAUUAUCAAAGAUGAAAGUCGCCGUUAUACGUGAUAACGUCACGAGAAGAUAGAUCGUCUUUUAUACGAGCACGUGCGAUCGAGGAUUGCGGCGUUGUAGAUAUUUCAAUGAUUAACAUUUUUAUCGCUUUUAACACUUUAUACGAAGAGAUUUGUAUAGAGUAAUAUAGUUGCAAUCUGAAGGGAUCUUAAGAAGAAACUGUCAUCGUGAGAAAAGCAUUUAGAACAGAAGUAGUAUCUUCAUAUCUUCAUACGAUAUUCUCGAAAGUGAAACGUUUUUCUUCGAAAUAAUUCUUUCGUGUCUCCAACAUUUGAGGUCGGACUUUACGCGACGCAGUCUUGUAUCGGCGUUCGCCUACGUUUCGCAUACAUUUUUUAUUGCGAUAAUGUUAUCGAUAGCCGAAGAAGUUUGCAUGUGUUGCAACAACCUUCUCUUCAUUGUCAAUUUUACGUUUUAAUAUUGAUGAGCCACUGCGAUGACUACUUAAAUCGCGAGAGCUCCCUACUUGAGAUCAUCUUUCACGUAACAUUAAUCCGUACGCUAAACAGAAGAUUAAUUAUACGUUACUACGACACGCGAAAUAGUAGUAACCCGGAAUGUGAUAAUUAAACGGAAGUCACACAAGUUUUGUACGGAAACGCAUGGUGUCUUCGCCGUGAUUUAUCUCGCCAUACCUGUCUCACGCUUACGUACGAUCACGAUAUGUACAUAGUCCGCUCGCGGGUCGAAGGGAAAUUUAAUAUAAAAAUUAUUUAAUGUAGAUGUUGCUCACGCGGAUCAUUCGAAAUCACGGAUUGUCGUUUCCAUUCCACAUUUCGUGAUUUCGAACGAAAUCGCGUUGUUCGUGCGUAUACAUGUCGCAAUCUGUAGAUUUUAUUGACACCAGUAUCAUCUGCUGACAUCAUUCAUCAUGUCAUAUCAACAUAUUAACUGCAGAAACAAGAUUUUAUUUUAUAAUGUAUAUUUCUAUUAUUGUAAAAUAUAAUUAAAAUAAUUAGACGUUUAUCGUUUGUGUUACGAAUGUUUGAAGGUACGAUGCAUUUAAUUUCAUCCCGAAAUUUCGUACUGUAAAGCAUGCCCCUGAGUGUUAUUUAAUAUAAAAAUUAAUAUUCCUUUAAGUAGUAUGCAAUUGUUAUCUCUUCAAGCAAAUAUUUUUGCAAUUCCGAUGAGAUCGUAGGAAAAUUAUGCGUACUCGUAAUCGUUACCUUGAAUCUGUUCGUUAUUUAUUUCACUGUUGUGCAUUAUUGUUAACGAUUACUAUCCGAGUCUAAUAAAACUGCUUUAAAAGUGUUA